CUCUCUCUUUCUCGUUGCAGUCACCACUCCCCCCAGUCUCGUACGCGCGACACGAGUCAAACGUCGAGGCCACCGUCGUCGGCGAUCGCCGGAGGGAGGGCGGCACCGCGUGGCGGUCUCUCUGCCUGCGCCGCCCGGCCAGCGUGUGUGUGUGUGUGGGGGGGGGGGGGGAGGCCAUGGUGAGGAGCGGGAGCGUGCGGCGGUCGUCGUCCGCGGCCGCGGCGCCGGCCUUCACCGCGUCGCCCGGGGACUACCGGCUUCUGGAGGAGGUUGGCUACGGCGCGCACGCCGUCGUGUACCGGGCGGUGUUCCUGCCCUCCAGCCGGAUCAUCGCCGUGAAGUGCCUGGAUCUCGAUCGUGUUAACAGUAACCUCGAUGAUAUAAGAAAAGAGGCUCAAACAAUGAGCUUGAUAGAUCACCCUAAUGUCAUCAGGGCUUACUGCUCAUUUGUUGUGGAUCAUAACCUUUGGGUGAUCAUGCCAUUCAUGGCAGAGGGUUCAUGUUUACACCUGAUGAAGGUUGCAUAUCCUGAUGGUUUUGAGGAGCCUGUUAUCUGCUCUAUCCUAAAAGAAACACUUAAGGCUCUAGAGUAUCUCCAUCGACAAGGACAUAUCCAUAGGGAUGUCAAGGCGGGUAAUAUCCUUAUGGAUAGUCCUGGUAUAGUGAAGCUUGGGGACUUUGGUGUCUCUGCUUGUAUGUUUGACAGAGGCGAUAGGCAAAGAUCGAGGAAUACAUUUGUGGGAACACCAUGCUGGAUGGCUCCAGAAGUUCUCCAGCCUGGAGCAGGUUAUAAUUUCAAAGCUGAUAUAUGGUCUUUUGGAAUAACUGCACUGGAGCUAGCACAUGGCCAUGCUCCCUUCUCGAAGUAUCCUCCCAUGAAGGUUCUUCUCAUGACCCUUCAAAAUGCACCACCAGGCCUCGACUAUGACCGUGAUAAAAAAUUCUCAAAGUCUUUCAAGGAAAUGGUUGCAAUGUGCUUAGUCAAAGAUCAAACAAAGAGGCCAACAGCUGAAAAGUUACUAAAGCAUUCAUUUUUCAAGAGCGCAAAACUUCCAGAGCUGUCUGUGAAGAAUAUUUUAACUGACUUGCCCCCUCUAUGGGACCGUGUAAAAGCACUCAAGCUAAAAGAUGCAGCACAAUUGGCUUUGAAGAAAAUGCCUUCUUCUGAACAGGAGGCUCUUUCUAUGAGUGAGUACCAACGAGGCGUCAGCGCAUGGAACUUCGAUAUUGAGGAUCUAAAGGCUCAAGCAUCGUUGAUUCUUGAUGAUGAUCCACCCGAAAUAAAGGAAGAUGUUGACAGUGAUAGAGUAAACGAAGUGGUUAAGGAGCCAUCUUCUGGCAAUCAUUUUGGACAACCAACAAUUUUGAAUGGAAACUUCAGUGAACAAACUUGUGUCACUGCAGUAAGUCUAGUUGGGAAUACGCAUGAGGCAGACAGAGGAUUGGUUUCUGAACCUGGCAAUGCUGAUAGUGAAAAGAAGGUUGAUGGGUAUAAAAAACAAGGGUCAGAAAACGAAUCAUUACCCUCUACAUCAAAACAUGAUUCUGAAGGACAAAACAUCAGUAGUGGUGAAGAUCAACAAAAACAAAGGACUUAUUCUGGUCCAAUUUCGUGUUCUGGUAUACAUAAUAGAUCAGCAACGGAAAGUAGUCGCAUUUCUGAUAGGGAGGCAGCAGCUCUGUUAAUAUCUGAUAAAAAAAAGAGUGGUACGAAAAGAACUACAAAUCUCAGUGGUCCUCUUGCACUCCCUACUCGUGCUUCUGCAAAUAGUCUGUCUGCUCCUAUUCGGUCUUCCGGAGGCUAUGUGGGCUCCUUGGGAGAUAAGCCUAAACGUAGUGUAGUGGAGAUAAAAGGACGCUUUUCAGUGACAUCUGAGAAUGUGGAUCUUGCAAAGGUUCAGGAAGUUCCAACAAGUGGCAUUUCACGCAAAUUACAGGAGGGUUCUGCACUGAGAAAAUCAGCCAGCGUCGGUCAUUGGCCAGUGGAUGCUAAGCCAACAUCAAAUAGUCUUCACCGGAAGGAACUCUGCAAUGGUUCAGUGUCUGCAUCCAUUCUGAUUCCCCAUCUUCGGAAUCUUGUACAGCAGACCACAUUUCAGCAAGAUCUCAUUACAAACCUACUAAGUAGCUUGCAACAAAAUGAAAAAACUGAUGCAACCCAGUAUAGACUUGGUACUGUGGGCAGUGAUACGGGGGUCAAAACGUCUAUUUCUGAGGGAGAACGGUCAUUGCUUGUCAAAAUAUUUGAAUUGCAAUCUAGAAUGAUUUCUUUAACUGAUGAAUUGAUCACAACAAAACUGAAGCACGUCCAGCUACAAGAAGAGUUAAAAACACUGUACUGUCAAGAAGAAAUCAUCGACACCAGGGAGGAGGACAAUGCAUGACAUAUUGGCAUGCUAAGGUUAUGCCAGAUUUUUAGUAGUACAAGCAGUGUUCAGGCGAUUAAAAGUUUUGCCUGCACCGGCUCAUGCCUGGAAGCUUGGCUAAUCGGAUUCCAAGGUGUUUGGCGCGUUGUUUGGAAAGAGAGGAAAACCUAAGGUGCCAUGGAUUCGUCUUGGGAAUCUACAACGAACUCCUAAGGAGAUGAGAGCUUUUUGAGAUGUAUAGCAAGAAAGGUUGCUCGAUGAUUGCCAGCUUGGGCUUAUGUAUAUGUGUAUAUUUUGCUCGAUCUAUUUAUUUACUUGGGGCUUAGUUUAUUCAAGGACUAGUGUAAGGUGGUCAUGAAACUGCGGUAUCCACAUAGUAUUUCGGGCAUUGAGAUUUGAGAUGGCCAUGGGUGCCAAUCUUGGCCAAUAUAGUAUUAGCACCAAUGAGCUGCGAGACUGGAUGGUUGUAUUGUAUAAAACACCAGAAUAUAUUGUUUAUAUGUUAGCAUUAGCUACUAAUUUUUUGUCCAUUCUUCAAAGGGC